AUGCACACAAAAAGGCGCACUCCGGUGAUGGGAGGUGAUGAUGAGGGGCAGGUCCUGGAGCAGGAGCAGGCACUGCUUCUGCAUCCUGCCUCCAAAAAACGGGCGCGAAAAUGGCAACCGGAAAAAAUACAGCAACCGGAAGCGGGGAAAAGUCGGAAAAACGGCAAAACGGCGGGCAAAUUACGCGGCCAGACCCGACCCGGAUCCUGGCUGAUUGCAAGGCCUACGAACUGCCGAAAUUGCGAAUCGAGUAGGCGAAUUGGCGCAUCGACGAACGAUUCAGAAUUGGAAUCGAAAUCGGAGUCGAAAUUCGCGCUGGAGAGGCCGGGCAGGAGCGUGCUAAAAAACGCAACCAAACUGGAGUUUACCAAUAUUGAAUGCACCGUAGUGGACAAAAUAUUUGUAAAGUUCGAUUACUGCUACAUCAAGGCUGUAAAUAGGAGCUACAAGUACAUAUCCUUGAAGGCCAAUAUGCUCGAAUUACCAUUAUCAGAUCCAUCGGCCAGUUUACAAAUAUUACGGAGAUUUCGAAAAUAUACACCUGUGACCAUGAACGCCACCUUUGAUGUCUGCAAGUUCAUGUCCAGCCAAAAGAGCUCCAGGAAUCCUAUGCUAAGUCUCUUCGCGGAUAUUGCCAAAGCCUACACGAAUGUCUACCACAAGUGUCCUUAUGAUCAUGAUCUUGUAAUCGACAAGCUGCCGGCCUCAUAUCUAAAUCAACAUUUUCUAAAUAUCUUAUUUCUACCCCCAGGCGAAUACGCUUUUUAUAGCUCUUGGUAUACCAAAAACGUGGAAAGGGCUAAAAUCAAGAUUUACGGCACUCUGUCUUGGGAAUAA